GGCUUAUUUAUUUCUGGGUUUGCUUGAUUACUUACACCAAUAAAUCAUUCAACCUUAGUUUUCAUUCCAGCUAAUAUAACAACUACUGUCAAAAACACCCUAAUAUAAACUACCGUCUUUAUCACAAACUCCCCUCAACUUCUUUCUUAUCUGAUUUUAUUGCUUUUGUUUUGUUGGGUUUUUCUUGUAACAAAGUAUAAUAAUAAUAAACUUGGUAUUAUUAUCAAUACCAAGUGAUAAACAUGGCAACAACAGCAGAGGAAACAGCUAAGAUGGUGGAGACUCAAACUGUCGUGCCGCCGCCACCGCAAACUCCUCCGCAAGAUUCACCUGCGCCGGCCGUAGAGGCGCAGGAAACUGUGGUUGUUGCUGAAGAGAAAGCUGUGGAAGAAACUCAACCACCUCCUCCUGCAACCACUGAGGAAGUUCCUGAAACCCCUGCUUCUGUUGAAAAGGUUACAGAAUCAUCUGAGGAUAAGCCUAAAGAAGAGACUCCUGCUGAGGAGAAGCCUGUAGAGGAGAAGUCUUCAGAGGAAAAGCCUUUAGAGGGCUCAACUGGUAGAGAUGCUCAGCUUUCAAGAGUUCAAACCGAGAAGAGGAACUCAUUGAUCAAAGCAUGGGAAGAAAGUGAGAAGUGCAAAGUCGAAAACAAGGCACAAAAGAAAAUUGCUGAUGUAGAGGCAUGGGAGAACAGCAGGAAAGCAACUGCUGAGGCUGAGUUAAAAAAGAUGGAGGAAAAGUUGGAAAAGAAGAAGGCAGAAUACGCGGAAAAAAUGAAGAACAAAGUGGCAAUGAUUCACAAGGAAGCAGAGGAAAAGAAGGCGUCAAUUGAAGCCAAACGUGCUGAGGAUAUUGUCAAAACAGAAGAGUUGGCUGCUAAAUAUCGCACCACAGGAAAGCCCCCCAAGAAAAUUCUUGGUUUGUUCUGAGAAGAAUUAUGUGAAUAUAUUAUAUCAAAGGACAAGUGAAUCAAACAAGCAAUUAGAUUGUGAAAAGGGUGAAAAGGAAAGAACAAAAAAGGUCUUAAUUUAUUUUUAUUUGUACAAGUGUUCCAUGGUUUAUUUAUUUAAUUAGCAGGUGUAUAGUUUGGGCAGACUUAUGAAAAUUUGUUACAUGUUUGUUUUCUUAUGUGGAUAUGAUUUGUGAUAUGUACAUAAGAUGUGUAUUGGACCACAAA